AUGGAGACGGCGCUGCCGCUGCCGCUGCUGCUGCUGCCGGUGCUGCUGCCUCUGCCGCUGCUGCUGCCACUGCUGCCGCUGCUGCCCGUGCUGCCGGUACUGCCCGUGCUGCCCCGCGCCGCCGCCGAGCAGGUUGUCCUGCUGGACUCCAAGGAAUCACAGGCGGAGCUGGGCUGGACCUCUCACCCAUCCAACGGGUGGGAAGAGAUCAGCGGCGUGGAUGAGACCUACAAGCCCAUCCGCACGUACCAGGUGUGCAACGUGAUGGAGCCCAACCAGAACAACUGGCUGCAGACGGGCUGGAUCGCCCGGCGCGAUGGCCAGAGGAUCUUCAUCGAGCUCAAGUUCACCCUGAGGGACUGCAACAGCAUCCCUGGCGUGACCAGCACCUGCAAGGAGACCUUCAACCUGUACUACGUGGAGUCUGACUCCGACCUGGGCUGGAGCGUCCACGAGGGGAAGCACACCAAGAUCGACACCAUCGCCGCCGACGAGAGCUUCACGCAGGGCGACCUGGGCGAGCGCAAGAUGAAACUCAACACUGAGCUCAGGGAGAUUGGGCACCUGAGCAAGAGAGGCUUCCACCUGGGCUUCCAGGAUGUGGGAGCCUGCGUGGCGCUGGUCUCCGUGCGAGUUUACUACAAGAAGUGUCUGAGCACGGUGCAGAACCUGGCGCUGUUCCCCGACACGGUGGCAGAGACGGCCUUUGUGACGCUGGUGGAGGUGCAGGGCACCUGUGUGGCCCAUGCUGAGGUGGAUGUGGAUAACCCCCCUCGGAUGCACUGCAGCGCAGAGGGAGAGUGGCUGGUGCCCAUCGGGAAGUGCAUGUGCAGCCCUGGCUUCGAGGAGAAGGACGGGGCAUGCAGAGCUUGCCUUCCAGGGUUUUACAAGCUCUCCCUCCGUCUCCCUCUGUGCUCUCCAUGCCCUGAGCACAGCUUCACACAUGAGGAAGCCUCCACCUUCUGUUUGUGCCAGACAAAUUACUCCAGGUCUCCUUCAGACCCACCAUCUGCCUCCUGCACACGCCCCCCCUCAGCCCCCCGGAACCUGGUGUACAGCCUGCGCCAGAGCUCGCUGGUGCUGCACUGGAGCGCCCCGGCCGACGCGGGCGGCCGCAGCGACCUCACCUACAGCCUGUGGUGUGCCCGCUGCCCCGCAGGGCCACCAGGGCACUGCCAGCAGUGUGGCACCAGCGUGGGCUUCGUGCCACAGCAAACGGGGCUAGUGGAGCGCACGGCCACGCUGCUGAACCUGCUGCCCCACGUCACCUACACCAUCCGCGUGCUGGCGCUGAACGGCGUCUCGGCCGUCAGCCCGCUGGGAGGGCAGCAGUAUGCUGAGGUCAACGUGUCCACUGGGCACACAGAGCCAGCUCCUGUCACUGACAUCCGCACAGACAGAGUGGAGCAGAAGAGUGUCACCCUGUCCUGGCAGGAGCCAGGCCUGCUCACUGCCAAUGGCACCGAGUACGAGGUCAAGUACUUUGAGAAGGAUCAGAGAGAUCAAAGCUACUCAACUGUGAAAACCACAUCAACGGCCGUGACAGUCAAUAACCUGAAGCCUGGUACCCUCUACAUUUUCCAAAUCAGAACAUCUUCCUCUCCAGACUACAACCCUGGCAUUGAAGUGGAGACAUUGGCAGAGUUGACAGUGGCCUCCAGUGAGCAGAGCCCAGUGCUCAUCAUCGCCGUGGUGGCCAUCGUGGGGCUGACGGUGCUGCUGUCCCUGGUGCUCGGUGUCAUGGUCUGGAGGAGGCAGUGUGGGUACAGCAAAGCCAGCCAGGAUGGGGAUGAGGAGCUGUACUUCCACUUUAAAAUUCCAACCAGGAGGACAUACAUUGACCCCAGCACCUGCGAGGACCCCAUGCAGGCUGUGCACCUCUUUGCCAAGGAACUGGACAAUGCCAGCAUCAAAAUUGAGAGGAUUAUCAAGACAGGAGAGUUUGGGGAGGUGUGCCGGGGGUGCCUGAAGCUGCCCAGCAAGCGCGAGCUGCCGGUGGCCAUCCGCACGCUGAGGGCCGGCUGCUCCGAGAAACAGCAGCGCUCCUUCCUGGCCCAGGCCUGCACCAUGGGCCAGUUCGACCACUCCAACGUCAUCCGCCUCGAGGGGGUCAUCACCAGAGGGAGCACCAUGAUGAUAGUGAUGGAGUACAUGGGGAAUGGCCUGCUGGACGCCUUCCUCAGGAAACACGAGGGGCAGCUGACGGGCACGCAGCUCAUCUGCAUGCUGCAGGGCAUUGCCUCUGGCAUGGCAUACCUGGCAGAGAUGGGCUAUGUGCACAAGAGCCUGGCUGCCCACAAGGUCCUCGUCAGCAGCAGCCUGGCAUGCAAGAUCACAGGGUUCAGACAGCCUCAGGAAGACAAGAUGGAAACCAUCUUCUCCACCAUGCGUGGGAAGAGCCUGGUGCUGUGGUCAGCCCCUGAGGCCAUCCAGUAUCAGCACUUCAGUCCUGCCAGCGACGUGUGGAGCUUCGGCAUCGUCAUGUGGGAAGUGAUGUCCUACGGGGAGAGACCCUACUGGGACAUGUCCCACCAGGAUGUGAUGAAGGCUGUGGAGGAUGGGUUCCGCCUGCCAGCCCCUGCCAACUGCCAGCCUCCCCUGCACCAGCUGAUGCUCAACUGCUGGCAGAAGGACCGCAGCCAGAGGCCCAAGUUCUCACAGAUCCACAAUGCCUUGAGCAAGCUGGUGCAGAGCCUGGAGCCCCCAGAGUGCCCCAGCUCCACGUGUCCCAGGUCCCAUGGCACCUCCAUCCCCCUCUCCAAGAGAACCUUCUCAGCCUUCCCCUCGUUCAGCUCCGUGGGGGAGUGGCUGGAAGCCAUAGAAAUGGGCAGAUACAAGGACAACUUCACUGCUGCAGGCUACUGCUACCUGGAGUCUGUGGCCAGGAUGACAGCCCAAGACAUCCUGAGCCUGGGCAUCACUCUGGCAGAGCACCAGAGGACCCUCCUGAGUGGGAUCCAGAGCCUGCGGGCCCAGGUGAUCCGGAUGCACGGCCGGGGCGUGCAGGUGUGACACUGUGUCUGCAGCCCCUGCUCCUGGGGAGGAGAGACCUGCUGGGCCAGCCAGCCCCACCUCUGAAUCCUGGGGGUCUCAGGUGGGCUGUGGGAGCUGCUGGGUGCUGCCAAACACGUGGUGGGAGAGCAGGGCUGCUGUCCCCUGUGCCAGCCCAGCAUCCCCAGGGUGGUGCCUGGGGGACGUGGCUCUCCCCAGGGCUGUUUGUAAGAUGAGUCAAACUGUAGUGAUGCCAUUUCAUGUGGUAGUUGAGUUCACAGGGUGGGAUGGACCUUUUUGCACUGUCUUAAUCCAGAGCCAACACUUCUGUAUCCAGUAUCCUGCUGGUGAAUCCAUGGGGAGUUUUAUACAGCCUGACAGAUCACAGCAACCCCACAAGGAGUUUUUAUUGCUUUUAUAUUUAGAGAGCAGCUCUCACCCAAUGCCCAGCUCCUGGAAGGUGACUUUCCCCAUCUGUGCUGAAGGAAACUCUUUCCCAGUUGCAUCCCUUCUGCUCCAUGAGCUACUUCACAGAAUUUGACACCUCAGUUGGUGAACAAAACCAAAUAUUCUCCAGUAAAGCACAGAGGAAAUGGUGCUGGCUGCAUCCAUGCAAUCCACUCUUUAUUUUGUGAGCACUGUGCUGCCUGCCUGGCAUACUGGCAGCUCCCAGAGCUGCAGCCUGAUCCCUGAGAAGACAUAAAUAGCAUCUUAAUAAUACAACUUUCCUUGAGGUUUGUUAAUUAAAUGGGUAUUUGCGGCUCUGUAUGGAGUUUUGUCAGGUUUUAUUGUGAUCUGUAAGUGUCUCAAGUGAAUUAUUAAUGCUGAAAGGCAAAGAUUUACAUGGGGGAUGAAGGCUGUGGGAGAUGCUCAGAGUCUGGUUGGAAAUGUGCUCCAGUCAGACCCUGCUUUUAGCUGCUCUGAGAGGAUGAAGAUGUGAGUGAGGAUUGAGUGCAGGGCCCCUUGGGGCUGGCAGGGUGAGCACUCUGCUCAGGAGAGUGCUGCAUAUGCUCUGGGGAAAACAAGAUCUCUGCCCCCUCUGCAGUUCAAACCAUGCUCCAUCCCCAGAGUCUCUUGGUCAGUGUUUUUAAGAGAAAUCAUUUCUCCAAGUCUGGCCCAUUCCAGUCAGGUUGGUCACUUGCCAUCCCCCUGUUUCCCAGCCUGAAGACAGAAAUAGCAGUGACCCAACCCUGCAUUUAGUGAACUGCCUGAUCCCAAGGAUCAAGUGCAGUUUGUGUGCUCUGUGUUUACACUUUAUCUCUAGAGAAUGCAUAUUACAGCUCUCUAGGCAGGGGUUUGAACUAGCUUGGUUCUGGGUCUCCUCUCCCCUCUCCCUGCUGGUGCUGCCUGUUGGGAUGCAGGAGCCAUGCUGGGAAGUUGCUGCUGGUGGAGCUGGUUCAAGGAGAUCUGGAGACAUCUAGGGCUUGGUGGUGAGGUGACAGCGUGCCUCAGUGUCUUGGUUUGGAAAGACAGGAGUCUGCUGAUGAAGGCAGGAGCCCCCCCUGAAAUGGAGAAUGUAAACUCUCCCCACCCCUCUGAAUUGCUAUAAAUUUUAAACUAAGGGGCUCUCAGGCAAAAAUAUGGGAGCAGGAAAUAACAGUUCUUUAAUAGGGAAAGGAAAAAAAAUAAAAGGAUAAAAUAAACAAUGCAGUAAACUAAACCAACAGUGCCAGAGUCAGAACCCAACCUGACACCCUGUGGGUCAGGCUGUUGGCAGCAGUCCCAUUGGAAUUGUGGCUCAGCCCUCCUGCAGUGUCAGGGCUGGUUCUGCUGGAGCAGGGAUCCUGGAGAAAGGUGCAGUCUCUGCCUCUGGAGAUCCAGGGGCAGAGGCAGCUGCUGUUCCUCUGGGCAAUCCAGUGCAGAAGCCGUGCUGGUGUUCCAGAAUCUCCAGAUUCUAUCCGGGUAGGAAUGCUUGGCUCCUCCCUCUGGGCUCCCAUCUCCCAAUGGGAUGCUGUAGUUCUUAUCAGCCAUGCAGGGACAUUCAAUAGCUGUUAUCAGCAGGUGUCCCCUCCCGAGGGAGGAGUGAUUGUGAUCACUCACAGAGAGAGAUAAGGCAAACUGCCCACUUGACAAAAGACAACUGCUAUACAGAUGGUAAUAGAGCACAUCUUACCUUGCAAUCUGGAACAGUCAGAUUGGAAAACAAACUUGGCCAUCAGCAGGCAGCACUGUGUUCCCUCGAGUCCCCCAGAACAGACCCUGCCUUUAGAAUAAGGAAUGUGACAAGGGCCAGCUCUGGGUGCCUCUUGUGGCACUAAAAUCUGCUUUUCUGUCCCUCUGGAUGCUGCCCAGCUGGAAAGGGAUGAACCAGAGCACAGUUAUCUGUGGUCAUGGCUCUUUCCCUGGGCUACAGUGGCUGGGGCUCACCAGAGCUCAAAUCUGAGCACCUGUUGGUUUGACCACCAAACUCCCCAAAAACUCAUUUCCUUUUCAAACCAGGACACUCCUGUAGUAGCUGUGGCUGUGUGGAGGGGUCCCCCAGGAGCUGGGCUCUGGGAUGAGCUCUGACCCAGCAGAAACAGGAGUGAUCAGCUCUCCUGCUUUCUCCUGCAAGGAAGGAAAGGAAAGCCCCUCAUGGAAGCAGCCUCCUAGCCCAGUUUUUGCAAGAAUAAACCCUUUUAAUUGAGCUCUCACCAACAUGAGAUAACAAAAUUCAUAGAUUAGGCUACAGAUUGUUGUUAUGAUAUUAAAAUUGCAUCCUCUCAGCUUCUCUCCUUGGGGAAGCAGUAUAAUUAAAUUAAUCAGCAAGGCUGUUUUGCAGCUGCAAGGGAAAUGCCUCAAAAUGACCCUGAUCUCUUCCCGUCCAGCCUCUGGCAUGUCCUGAGGCUCUUGCCUUCUCCAGCAUCUGCAACACUCCCCUCACUAGAAACCAAAUGGGAAUCAAGGUGGUUCAUCCCCAGAUGCUUUUAUAUUCAUUAGCCACAUCUUAAGUACUGUAAAUACACACUUGAGAAGUCAAUAUAUAUUUUUAUAAGCUUGAGACAAAUGUAAUAUAAUAUAAAGGACUCUGUGUGCAUCUCAUGUUUGAGCUAUAGUCAGACAUCUCCAGGGAAUCUCAGUUGGUUUGGAAUAUUUAUUAAUAAUGAUAAUAACAAUGAUAAUAAUAGUUAUUAUAAAU